UAGAAAUCGGGCUUCUAGGCGAUAAUACGGGUGUUUAUCGAACAAUUACUGAAAAUAAUGUGAAGUGCGAUGUAUUAUUAAUGUAAAAAGUGAUUAAUAAGGUUCUCUGCGUGUGCUAUUCCAUAAUUUUCGAGCUCCGGAAAAUGAGAUCGACGAAGUGCAGAAUUUUCAUUCAAUGGCGAAUACGACAUGAUGAUCGAGUCAUAUUGUCAAACUUUUUUAUGAGAAUGAAAAACUGCAGAAAAAUGAGGAGGAAUUGCAAGUGUGUGAAUUUGAUCAAAAAUCCGACCUGAAAAUCAAGAAAAAAUGCAACAUGUGAACAUUGUUCGGCUCGAAUCUGCUGUGAAAUGUGACACCGACGCCUAAAAUUGUUGAAAAUGAUUCGCAAACAUUUAUUACGAAGGUUUACCGGUUCAUUCAUUUAUGGUCUUUUGACUUAUGGUUGACAUUUUCUUUUUCUUGGAAGAGAGCAGCUACGAGUAAUGGAAUUUAUUCGAUCACAAAGGAUUUGAUUCUCCGGAGUUCUGAAGGGCCAUUCGUAUCUAUCUACGUCAUUCAAUCACCACAAAAUAGCUGCAUCUCAGUAUGCAGUUUUCGUGAAAAGACCGAAGACGCAGAGAUCGUGUUGGCGUACUGUCUUCGUCGUCGUUAAAUUGGUUUUAAUUUUAAAAAUCAUUCUGGUACCUACGUUGAAGUUGAAGAUGGAAGACGAAAUACUUAUAGUUGGAAGUCUCAUUCGAGAGAGCUGAUGCAGUGAUGCUGAUGAGCAUUGAGCUGAGCUGGCUGAGCCUGAGCUGAAAGGCGAAAGCUGUCGUACUCGUAACUGAACCUCAACUUGGGUGGUUUUGGAAUUUGGACGAAUGUUGAGAAGCACUGGCCACUGGAAGAUCUGUAAAAAGCUGUAAACAACAACAAAUUUCCAGGACCGGUUUCAAUGAACUCGCUUUAAAAUAAAAAUUCAAUUCAAAGUUUGCUUCAAAGGCUUAAAAUCGAAGAGAAAUGUUCGAAGAACAAGGAACAUGAAAUCAACACUGCUCAAAUGAUAAAAUUCUUGUAAAAAUCAUCGAGAAUCGUGGAAAAGUAAUUCAAAAAUGGAUUUCGCUCUGGCCCAAUAUUAUUGCCGGGAAAAAUACUACCAUACUAUGCAGAUCAUAGCUGAAUCUGCGUUGAAAGAUAUACCGGACGAUAAUGCACUCAAACUUCAGUAUUGCGUUGCUUUAAUCUUACAAAAUAAAACGGGCGAAGCUCUCCGGCAGCUAGAAGAGUUGGUCUCAAAAUCAGAUACCGGUUUGGCUGCAGUAUUAGCUUCGAUAUACGCUCAAAAUUUAUGCGAGGUACCUGACGGCGAAGCUCUAAUAAUGUUGGAAAAUCGUUUGAAAAAUGAACGCAAAAGGGCUUCGGAAUCGGCACUUUAUUACGCAGCUAAUUUUUUAUUACAAAUAAACGAUUAUGCUAAAGCUCGCGAAUACGAAGAUAUUUUGUUUCGUAUGAACCGUAACGCUCCUAGAGGGUUUUUGAUUAAAGGAUGGUUAGAACUGAACGAUGGUAAAUUCACCAAAGCUGCUGACUGCUUUAGGAAUAUUUUAGCUCAAGAUAGUCAAAAUUUUGAAGCCGCUGUUGGAGAAAUUCAAGCAUUAUCGAAAGAAGACGCUGUAACGAGACUGAACCAGUUGAUAGUUAAAUACUCUAAAUUAACGCCUCCUUUAGUAGAAAAAAUGAAAUUAGUAUUAACCGAUAAAGAUUGGGAUCAAGCUAUCGAUAUAGCAGUUAGAAUUUUAUCCAUUGAUACCAACAAUAUUCCAGCUCUGCAGAUGAAUAUUCUGAACGAGGUGUGUCAUAAAGGUAACUACGAAAUUAGUCGAGAUGUGGAAAAUCUCUACCAUCAGAUCAACAUCCAAGAACCUAGUAAUUGGAUUUUAUAUUACGAAUUUGGAAUGACUUUAUCUCGUACUUGCGGCGCUCAUUACGACGUAGUUAAGGAAUGCGUUAAAUUUCUUCAACACGCUUUACGUCUUGUACCAGAAAAUAUACAAGUUAAUUUAGAAUUGGCAUACGAGUAUCAAGUAUGCGGAAAUUAUCAAGCUGCUGCAGCCAUUUACAAAAACGUUGCUAAAAUUGAUGAUUCGGCCACCGAAGCUUUGAUUGGGUUGACCAAAUGUCGAAUGAAGAUUGAUUCGAAAGAUGCGGUGAAGGAACAAGUGGAAUUUUUAUUGGAUGUUUAUAACGUCGAACCGAUCGCCGAUUUGUUAUUAUUGAAAGCCGAAUUUGAAAACGAUUCGACAAGUCGGAAUAAAUUUAUAAUGAAUGCGAUAGAGUUGAAAUUUAAAGCUAUUACCGGAAUUACCUUUGGAUACAGAUUUUUACAAUCGUUAGAUACCUAUUUCAUCUUAGAAGCGUUGAAACUGUUACCUUAUUCGGUGAAAUGUAAUAAAUUUAAAAUCGACGCAUUUCGUAAAUUGGUCGAUUAUCUUCCUGGAUUAACCGAGGCUUGGAUUUUAUUAGCGAAUGUUUAUCUAGAAUCCCAAGAUGAUCGAAACGCAGAAGAGAUAUUACGUCGUGUUAUUCAAGAACUUAAUGAUCACGACGCUCGUGCCGGUCUUAUGUUGGCAAAAGUGCUGAUUCAGCAGAAAAAAAUAAACGAAGCGGAAUCUACGUUGGACAAUUGUCUAAGUCGGAAUUUAAAUAUCCGUUCGAAACCGUUGUUCCAUUUUUUACAAGGCAGGAUUCACAAAUUACGUAAUCAUUUCGAAGAAUGUAUCGAAUCGUUGGAAGAGGCUUUAAAAUGCGUAUCAGAAAAAGAAGGUUUGCAAAUGCUCGACUUGGCAGCUUUAUACCUAGAUUUAAGCUCGAGUUAUCAAAUCAUCAGACAAUUUGAUAAAGCUACUGAUUCGAUUCAAAAAGCAACGCAACUUUUACAAGGCACCGCUCAAGAGGAUCAAAUUGUAAUGGCUAGAGUUGAUUUGGAAUUAUGGAAGAAUGAUGUGAAUAAAGCGUUAUCUUUGCUUUCGGCUAUUCCUUCCGAAAGUCCUAUUUAUUUAGAGGCUCGAAAUAAAAUCGCCGAUAUCCAUUUGAAACAUAAUAAAGAUGCAAGAAAAUUUAUAGAAUGUUUCAAAGAACUGGCCGAACGAUAUCCUACUCAAGAAAACUUGAUCAAAUUAGCCGAUGCUUAUUUCUCGAUCAGGAAAAUUAACGACGCUGUAGAUAUUUACGAGAAAGCUAUCAAAAGAAAACCAUCGCCUCAGUUAUCUAAAAAAUUAGCCGAACUUUAUUCCAAAUGUCACCAAUACGAUAAAGCUAUGAGAUGCUACAGAGAAGCAGGAGCCGAAGGUGGUCUCGAUUUAGCUCAAUUGUUAUUCUCGCUGGAACAAUGGGAAAUGGCUGAAAUCACUCUGAAUCACGUGCCACUUCAAGAGAAAGCCAUUUUACUAGCGAAGGUAAAAGAAAAGCUAGGAGAUAUUCCAGCAGCCAUAUCUAUUUUAAACGAAGCUUAUAAAAAAAUUCAUACCGCUAAUGCGACUUUGGCGAUGCAAAUUUGUUGUCAAAUGGCCGAGUACGAAGCCAGCCUACAUAAUUUUGAGUCCGCAAUUAGGCAUUAUAAAUUGGCUUCGUCUCAUUGCAACGAUAAUUCGAGUGCAGAAAAUAUGACGAUACAGAUCGCCCUAUCGAAGUUAUACUUACAAGUUAACGAUUGGGGCUCGUGCCAAAAUAUCUGUUCAUCGUUACUAUCAAAAGAUGAAAACAACGAACUAGCUUUACUAAUGUCAGCCGAUUUAUCAUUCCGAAAAUGCGAUUUUUUCACCGCCAGUAACCUGUUCCAUAAAUUACUAACCCAGAAACCGAAUUACUGGUUAGCGUUGGCUCGAAUGAUCGAAGUGAAGAGAAGAAUGGCUAGUUUGAAAGAAGUACUAACGUAUUUAGAAAAGGCCGCCGAAUUAGACCGUAGUGAUCCCGGAUUGACCUAUUGUACAGGACUUUAUAACUGGUACAAUGGCGAUUUAUCGGAAGCUUUGAAAUUUUUCACUUGCGUAAAACACGACCCAGAAUGGGGUCAGCAAGCUUUACACAACAUGGUUGAAAUCUAUUUGGCGUCUAACGAUUACGAAACAGCUGAAACGUUAUUACAAGAAAUCCAUCCAAAUUCGCCGGAAGAAGAAACGAAUCGCUCUUUAUUAGUAAAUUUCGUAUUUUUAGCAUCGCGUGAUAAACCUUUAAUCGACAAAGCAAUGAAUGAUUUGACAUUACUGGCAUCUCGUGACGUGCUUAGAGUUGGAGCCUCUCUAGGUCUCGCUAUGGGAUAUAUGUUACAAAAACAACCUCAGAGAGCCAGAAAUGUGUUGAAAAUUAUCGCCAAAACUGCCUGGCAGUUUGAAGAAGCGGAGUAUUUGGAGAGAUGUUGGUUAAUGUUGGGCGACCAUUACGUACAAUCGGGUAAAUUCGAGUUAGCGUACGAAUUGGUGAAGAAAAUUUUGACUUAUAAUCAAGGAUGCUCGAAAGCUCACGAGUUACUCGGCGUAAUCGCUGAAAAAGAUCAGAAAUAUGGUGACGCUGCAUCUCAUUACGUAAAAGCUUGGAAACUCUCUAGUCAAAGCGAUCCAGUAUUAGGAUAUCGAUUGGGAACAUAUUUCAUAAAAGUUAAAAAAUACGCCGAAGCUAUAGCCACGUGCCAAACUGUAUUCAAGACGACACCAAACCACAGCAAAUUAAGAAAAGAGAUUUACGAAAAGGCUGUAUCAUUAUUACGUACUUGAAGAUGUACCUAUUUUUGCUAAGUUUUUGUAAGAUUGUGAUUUCAUCUGUGAUACCUACUCGUGGAUGUAAGUACUUAAUCUUAGUUUUAAAACGAAUGGGCGAAUGAAAUUCUAGCCAAUGAAUGGAAAUAAUUGGAGAAAGUAUUUGCGAAAGGGCGGUGGAUUUUUUGUGGGUCCCUUGAAUAACUGAAAAGAGCUUCGUAGAUUCGAGAAGAGAGAAAAAAACAACAUACUCACAUUUUGUCCCUGCCAAAGUAAAGAUGGUGGCGUAGGAAGAAUUUUUCCAAGAGAUGGGCAAAGCAGGAUGUUCGGGAAUGAGGAAGUCGAUAAUUGAGAUAAUUUUCCAAAACCCCUUCGUAUUUGCGGUUAUUUAAUGAAAAUAAGAUGAAAUUACCGUUUGAGGGUAAAAAUGUUUAAAAAUUGAAAGCGAAAAAAUGUUUAAAAAUGUAUUCAUACUUAAAAGGAAAAAAACUUGUGUUUGAAUGUUUGAAUGGAAUUUUCAUAGGUUUGAGGAAGGUAGUAGUUAUUUUCGCACACUCCUCAGCUUCGUCACUGAAAUACAGUUUCUGAGACACAUCUUUAUGAUAAUAUUUUAUUCAUAAUAUAAUCGAUUAAAUAUUUGUUUUAAAAACGUAUUUUAGAAUGGAUUCUGAAAUAUUUUACCAAGUACACCAUAAAACUAUUUAAAACAAAUUAAUCUUUUUUUUUAAAGGAAAAAAUGGACUAUAACCCAAAUUUUUUUAGAUAAAGUGAAACAUUUGUCAAGCAAUGACUGACAAAAAUUGAAAUUUAAGAAAUUUUGAAGAUAGAAAAAUAUUUUUUGAAUGAGUCUUUAGGAGCUAAAUGAUAAUUUGAAGGGGAUGGUUCAACAAUUCUGAAAAUAUUUUCUAAGUAGGUGCAUAAGUACCCUUGUGGAUAUUUUUUUCUAAAAAAUUUCCUGUAAUUCAAUUUUUUAUAGAAGGGUAAAAAUGUUGAAAAUUCCUUAAAAAGAUUGUAAGGAGCGAUGGCCGGUUAUAAAAAAAAAAUAUUUUCAGAAAUCUGCCUCCGAACAAGUAUGGGUAGUGUCAUAAUUUCGAAAAAAAUAUAUUUAAUUAAACAACUUUUGAGAGAUGUGGUUUGGGACGCAGGAAAUUGAAAUUUUGGUGGAAUUGUGGGUAUUUUGAUAUUUUUUUAUGUCUUCUGAUGUACGUUGCUGUAAAAUUUGAUCAUUUCAGAAAUAUUGACACCUUAUACAAAAUUUUCCUCAGUCUCCCAAGUAUUGUAAACAUCCCUCCUCCUUUCAUACGUAGAUAUAGCAUAGCUGCUCUCAAAAUCGGAAAAACUGAAAAAGGGAGGAGGAAACGCAAUAUGUAAAUAAUAACGUUUGAUUUCUGAUUCUAAAGUUCCUUAAAUGACCGCUUUGAAAAGUUUGAGCGCCGAAAGUGUGAUUAGAGGGGUAUAAUGUGAAAAAUUAGUUGAUAUUUUGUAUUUAAAGCUCCCAAAAACAUAAUAAACCAUGCCUCAUACGAUUUCAUUAAUUUUCAGGAAACUGGGGAGGGGAUGAGGGAUCAAUUGGAAAGUUGGAAGGGCCGAAUCAAACAAAUAAGUCGAUAUUCGUAUUCAGCGCCUUCAAAAGCCUUGUAAAACACAUGUCACACGAUUUUUUCAAUUUUUCAAAAAUUUGGAUGGGGUGUCAAUGAGAGGGAGGGCGUUAGGGUGGUCGAAUGGAAAAACUAAGUCGAUAUUCGUAUUCAGCGGGUUAGAAAAUAUUUAAAACGAUAUGUCACACGAUAUAUGACAUUUUUUGAACGUUUUGGCCAAAAUGGCGAGGGAGAUGCAGAGCCCCAAAAUUUUGAUUUUGGUCAAUGUGUGAGAAAAUGUCAUAUAUCGUGUGACAUAUCGUUUCAAAUGUUUAAGAAAGCGCUGAGAACGAAUAUCGACUCAGUUUUCCGAUUUGAUCCCACCUACGCCCCCCACCCCGCCCUCUUUCAAUCAAUUUUUCCAAAAAUUGAAAAAAUCGUGUGACAUUUAUUCAGAAGAAUUAUUCUUACAAUAAUAUAAGAAUGGAAAAUUUUUUCCCGACUUUAGGAGGCUUCAUAUACGAGGAUCAAAAAUAUUUGACAUCUGGAAAAUUUUCAUCGCUCUACGUAUGUCUUGUUGAGAUCAUUUAAUCGUUAUUUCUUGCUAUGUUCCAUCAACCCCCCCCCUCCCUCCCUCCAAAAAAAACCUUAACCACAACAAAAAAACGCGUUUUUUGUCCAUUUUCAAUUUUUUUGAGCAUGAUUCAUCUACUGAUCCCCUCCAUUUUUUUUACGAAUUUUUGACAUUUUCAACCCUUUCUAAAAAAAAAACCUAAAACAUAUAGGUAGCCUACAAAUGUUUUUUGAAAAAAAUUGACAGAUGUAAUUUUACCUAAAAACUAUUUUCUGUAAAAUUUUUCAAAAUCUGUAAAUCAUAAUUAUCCUUCAAAAAUGUAGCAUAUUGAGUUCAAAGCAAAUAUGGUCAUUUUCAGGGGUUUUUUGUGGGGGACGCGGGGGGACACAGUCCCUUCUUCCCCUGAAAGGAAAGUUCAAAAAAAAAUUGCCAUAAAAACUAAAAAAAAUGAAAGAAUUUGAAAAAAAUAAACAAAAUAAAUAAAUGGUAACUUUUUCAAAAAUUUAAAGUCAAAAUUAUUCAAAUGAAGAGUGAUAUUCCAAAACUCGCUUUGUCCAUUUUCACAACUUUUCAGGAGAGAGGAAAAACAGUUUCCCUUUAAACGGGUAAAUUGGAUUUUUAGGCGAGUUUAGUUCUUUAUUUGGGUGGAUUUAUGAUGUAGGAGUGUAGGUAUACACUUCAUCCACUAAAUACUGCUGAAAAAAAUUUCAAUAAAAAUGGACAAAGCGCGUUUUGGAACAUUAUUUUUUUAAAAAUUUUUAGUGAAUUGGCUAUUUAGGUGACUUUAACACCUCAUUUUGGUAAGUUGAUGAUGUAGGAAUGUGAGUUAAUUACGUCAUCUACCAGGUACCGCUGAAAACCCAACUUUGACGAAAAUGGACAAAGCGAGUUUUGGAAUAUCACUCUUCAAAUACAAAAUCUAUCAAGGAUUGUCACAUUGAAAUUUUUGAAUUAUGGAACAUUUUUAUUUGAAGAACAAAAAAAAGUGAUCAAUUUUUUUUAUUUUUGAAAACGGUUUUUUAAACAAUAAAAAAAUAAUUUACUUAUGUAGGUACUUCGAUUUUUUUCUCAAAACACAGCGGUGGGGUGUGCAUGAAAAUUAGGGACUCGCAACUUCAAUUCAGCUUAUUUCAGCGCCUUUCCAAGGAAGGAAAUACAAAAAAAAAGGUCUGGCCGGCCAUAUUACUCUUGUUGGAGUGAAGGGAGGGGAGGAGAAGUCAACUCGAAAAAAUUUGAGAUGAUUUCACACCAAGAAUAAUUUUUUGGUAGAUAUAUUUUGUCCAAUAUGGCGAUCGUGCCGACUUUACGAUCUUACCCUCGAAGGCCUGCAGUUUUUGAAUUUUUCUUGGACUUAUUUUUCAGACGUCAUUGAUUUCACGCUCGCAUAUUUUUUCAACUAAUCUAGGUAGAAAAAUGAACCUUACAAUAUUGGAAAGACUAAAAUUACUCGUAUAUUUCUUCAAUUCCAAUUUUUUUUUGAAAAAAUUUUACAAGUAGGUACCUACGCCUACCUGGUGACUAUUUUGUGUAAAAAUUUCAAAAUUUUUGGACCAUUUUAUUCAUAGGUGUAAAAUAUUGACUUUUGAACUCAUUUAUGGCCAUAUUACUGUGGUUGGAGGGAAAGCAGGUGACAUAAAAUUUUGAGAUGGUUUUGCAUCAAAAGUAAUCGUUUGGGAAUACCUAUCAAUAAAAAUCAACGUAAGGAGGAAAAAUUUUGAAAAUUUUCAUGAAAAAUGGUAAAUAUCUGUCAAUUUUUGAAUUCGUUUUUUAAGAUUUUGUUUUGUAUGGAUCUCCCCGAUCAACUAUCUCGAUGAUCAUUCACGUGGAAAAUUCUAAGUACGAUAAUCUAGGUACAUAAUUAUUUAGAACUGUAAAAUACAACUUUUGGAAUGACCGGCAAAUGGAUAGAAAAAUGUAAUUUUUCAUAUAAGAAUUUAAUUCGGCCUUUUAAUUCAAAAGGUAGGCAACCACACCUACUUUAGCUCAGCAUGAGUUGCCUACUUACCAGAUGGAAGGAGUAGGUCACCUACGAAACACCCUGUAUUUAUCAAAAAUUUUCAGUCCUUGGCACCCCUCCCAACACUACCUAGUUUAAGUUAGUCUUUUCAAUCGUACAAAUACCCAACAGUAUAUAGAGCAUCUAACUUGAAAAAUGAAUUUCCCAUUCCCAUAGGAUCGUAUUAGUCUUACAUGUAUAGCUUUAGGCUGGAAUCCGAACCCUGUACUAUAAUGAAGUACACGUCAUCACGACGACGACGACGAUACAAGGUGGAUUAAAUUUAACCCUUACAGAAGGGGGUACGUGAGGAGACCGUGACAAUAUUUAAAACCAAACAGCCAAGAACUACGUGUAUCCUGCCACAUACAAAGUAUACGUUACAUGUAUACGACGACAAGACAGGAUAAGUGUAUCAAACGAAACGUUGCUGUAGGUUGGGUAGAUGAGGUAGGUACCACAGAAUUGACGAUGAACUCGUCGAUUCGAUGUACCUAUGGUAGCGUAGAGCACUUCAAGGGGCUGGAGAAGGAGACGUCGUCGGCGUAAAAUGAUUAAUAAAAUUUGUACAUGAUACGAAUAAGCCGAAGCGUUGAUGCCUUAGGGCGGUGGCGAACUCUACAAUGGUAGUGUUUUUGCGUAGAUGUACGUAAACAUACUCGUAGUGUAAUACGACGCCGAGCUGGGACGCAAUCUACGCCGAGUAGAGUCGACGGUGCGCGUAUAUAAAGUUAAUCGAACUCGAAAUAUAUCCAAGAAGAGAGUAAGGCAAAUACAAUACCAAGCUAUAUGAGAGAGAAUACCUCUACACGAGACCUAGCGAUGGUGAAAAUUGUUUUCAUCUUGAGCGAGUUUGCUAUAGCUGUGUCAUCGUAUAGUAUAUGGAAACGGGUACCAGUGUACGAGGAUACUAAAAAGCUGCAUCAUACGGCGCAAGACUGAAACGCAACUUUUACUACAGAUUCGUUUUUCUCUCACCGAUCAUUGUUUAUUCGAACAUCGGUGGUCGUGGUGAAAUACAACGUAUUUCGAUUAUAGUUUUCCUUUUGAGUUUUGUUCCAUCUUCAUUUAUACCUAGAUAUCUAUAGUUCGAAUCCGAAUGUGAUUAAUUUGGUCGUCGUUGAUUUUCUUCUUUCGCUUUUACACCGUCGAACACAUUUGUCAACAUUUAUUGUUGGCUGUCUUCCUCUUCCCCUGGGGUUAGACCUCCGUAUGUCUUACCUGGGGGACAUAAAAAGGGCGGAUGCCCUCCAAUGGCACCUAUGUCCGUCCACGAUCACGAUAAAUACAAAAAUGACAGAUUGAGGAAGAAAUUAGGCCAGCAGCAUAGAAGCAAGUCCGAAUGUCGAGAACCCGAAGAAGAAAAAGAUUCCAGCCAGCCCGGUACUUCGCAAAAAUCUAAAAAGAAUGAAAAAGUCAAAAAAAGACAAGCGACAUUUCCAAAUCCAAAUUCUACAUCUUUAGAAAAAGAACAUUCUUCCCGGACACCUUCCAGCUUCUCGUGUUGCCAGUGCCAUCACCCAAGUACACCCACAACCGACGUUAUCGCAAAAAUCUAAGAAAACAAGCAACUGUUGCAAAUCCGAAUACCAAAUAUACAACUAUAAGUACAUCUUUAGAAAGAAAAACAACGGACAUCUUCCAGUUUCUCAUGUUACCAUAUCAUCACCCAAGGAUACACCCACAACCGAUAUACACAUAAUAUGUCAUAAAAAUAAGCAAACACUUUAUAAUACACAUAGCAAUUUUAAUAACGCGACAUUUAACGCUAAAAAUACAGUAAUACAUAUUCGCAUGCAGAAUUUCUAAAUAUCAAUAAUAAUAAUAAUCGCAUACAUUAUACGUACAUAUUUCCUCGAAUGCAGACUAUUUAUCGAUAACGAUAACACGUCCAUUUUUUAUUGGAAUAAUGCCAGUUAUUUUUUUUUUUUCGUGUUGUUUUGAUUUAAUAUAUCGAAAUAUUAUACCUAUCUAUAUUUUAUGGUAUUUUUCGAAGAUUCUAUAUAAUUCCUAUUUGGCCAUUUUCUUCACAUUUUUGAGUGUAAUGGUACCUUAAGUUUAUAAUAAUAAUACAAAUGCCCUCCUUUUUCUCUCCGCUUUUAUAUUUUUCAAUUUAUUUGUGUAUGUACCUACCUGAUUUUUUUUCCUUCCUACGCUAUCAUCGCACGUGUGUCUUAAAGUCCUUUAUUUUUUUUUGUUUUUUUAAAUGUUACCUAUAUAUUGAUGUUAUGUACCUAUCUUUUUAUUGUAUUACCUACCUUUCCGAUCCUACCUACCUUGUAACUUGUACCUAUCUAAUGCUUUUGAUGUAUUGUGAUUUAAAUGCGUUGUUUGUAUUAAUUACCUACCUAUUUCAAGUACCUAUUUACUUUAAAACGACCACUAUGUAUCUUUAAGAUACGAAGCCUUUCUAAAAGGUUUUAUUUUUUUACCAUUUUAUUUUAUAUUUAUUAUUUUGUUUUUGUUUUUUUUUUUGGUUGGAAUUCUACAAUAUUAAACUCACGAUUACCAUUUUGGACGGUACUUACUGAGCUAAGGUCAACCAAGCACCGAUGGUUUUAUGGCUAAACUAUCCAAUAGUAAGCCAUAUUUUUCGAGAACCCUAUACCUAUAAUUAUAAUAGUAUAAAUAUGAAUUUUUCGAGAAGCUUUAAUACUGUAGCCAUUUUUAAUUUAUUAAUUCAGUGUGAAGUUGGAACUCAGGGGACGUUUGACCACAUUGAUUUCUUUGUAAUCGGAAAAAGUUGAACGUAGAUCAAUAUUUUUGCACUGGGUGUUCCAUAAAUGGUGAACAGAAAUCUAACUGUACAGAAAUUGUGUUAUUUAAUUUACCUAUUUUGAAAAAAAAAAUUGCAGAGAAGAAAGUUCGGAAAUCGGUGCGUGGAUCAUCAAAAAUUACGAGGGGCCAGAACUUUGAAUUUAUAUUUUGAAGGAAAUUGUUUACAUAUUUUUAAACGUUGCCUGCUUUCAAAUUAAGGAAGUGCUAGGUAAAUUUACAGUUUGCCAAGGUGUAAAAAACUUCAGGGAGCACGAAAUAGAGCUUGGUUUAGUUUGACUUGUCUUGAUAACGUCCAUAUUUUUUGAAGUACCUACAUAUUUCAGUAUAUUUAUUAAGAAUUUUAUUCUGUUUGGGUUUUAUACUUUAUAUGUUUUAUAUUUAGCUUAUUUUAUUUUAUUUUAUUUUUUUGGUUUUUGUACCAGUUUCCAUGUUGUAAGUGAUGCAGUAUUAAAUGAGUGUGUAAACGCU